AUGGAUGUGUUAGCACAAAGGACGAAUGCCGGACAUCGUCUUUUCGCACGAUACCGCAGGACGCAGAACAAUGGUGAUCUCACCCAAUCCAUAAAUCACUUCAAACGCGCCUCGGAUCUCUGCCCUGUGGAUCAUCCCUACCGCCCUGCAGUAAUCUUCAAUCUAGCUACCGCGAAGUUCAUUAGUUGCCAAGCCAACGGAAGAUACCUCGACCUCGACAUACCUAUUUCUCUUUUUCAAGACGCACUUGAUUUGUAUCCCACUGGUCAUCCAGACCGACCCACCACGCAACUCCAUCUUGCCAUUUCUAUGCUCUCUCGCUUCGCAGGGCGGGGAUCUCAAACAGAUGCCGACACAGCUGAAGAAGAUGAACCCCUUGCCUUAGAUGAAGUGAUAUCCCUUUAUUAUGAUGCACUGGGAUACUACAAUACCGGACAUGCUUACCAAGGGCAAUUGCUAUGUGAUCUGGCUGUGAUGCUGCAAACUCGCUUCGAGCGUCGAGGCAAUGGCAAAGACUUGGAUCAGGCUAUCGCACUUCAGAGGGAAGCGCUGGCCUUGCGCCCGGUCGGUCACACAGAUCGGUCCGGAUCUUUAAAUAACCUCGCGAUUGAACUCUCCUCCCGCUUUGACCACCGAGGCAACGGCGAAGACUUGGAUCAGGCUAUCGCACUUCAGAGGGAAGCGCUGGCCUUGCACCCGGUCGGUCACACAAAUCGGUCCACGUCAUUAAAUAACCUCGCUCUUCAACUCUCCUCCCGCUUCCAGCACCGAGGCAACGACGAAGACUUGGAUCAGGCUAUCGCACUUCAGAGGGAAGCGCUGGCCUUGCACCCGGUCGGUCACACAAAUCGGUCUGCGUCAUUAAAUAACCUCGCGAACAAACUCUUCUUCCGCUUCAAGCACCGAGGCAACGACGAAGACUUGGAUCAGGCUAUCGCACUUCACAGGGAAGCGCUGGCCUUGCUCCCGGUCGGUCACACAAAUCGGUCUGCGUCAUUAAAUAACCUUGCGAAUCAACUCUCCUCUCGCUUUGAGCACCGAGGCAAUGACGAAGACUUGGAUCAGGCUAUCGCACUUCAUAGGGAAGCGCUGGCCUUGCACCCGGUCGGUCACACAAAUCGGUCCAUGUCAUUAAAUAAUCUCGCAAUUGAACUCUCCUCCCGCUUCAAGCAUCGAGGCAAUGACGAAGACUUGGAUGAGGCUAUCGCACUUCACAGGGAAGCACUGGCCUUGCGCCCGGUCGGUCACACAAAUCGGUCCAUGUCAUUAAAUAACCUCGCGGCUCAACUCUCCUCCCGCUUCAAGCACCGAGGCAACGACGAAGACUUGGAUCAGGCUAUCGCACUUCACAGGGAAGCGCUGGCCUUGCACCCGGUCGGUCACACAAAUCGGUCUGCGUCAUUAAAUAACCUUGCGAAUCAACUCUCCUCUCGCUUUGAGCACCGAGGCAAUGACGAAGACUUGGAUCAGGCUAUUGCACUUCAUAGGGAAGCGCUGGCCUUGUGCCCGGUCGGUCGCACAGAUCGGUCCAUGUCAUUCAAUAACCUCGCGUAUCAACUCUCUUCCCGCUUUGAGCACCGAGGCAACGGCGAGGACUUGGAUGAGGCUAUCGCACUUCACAGGGAAGCACUGGCCUUGCGCCCGGUCGGUCACACAAAUCGGUCCACGUCAUUAAAUAACCUCGCGAAUCAACUCUCCUCUCGCUUUGACCACCGAGGCAACGGCGAAGACUUGGAUCAGGCUAUCGCACUUCACAGGGAAGCGCUGGCCUUGCGCCCGGUCGGUCACACAGAUCGGUCCACGUCAUUAAAUAACCUCGCGGCUCGACUCUCCUCCCGCUUUGUGCACCGAGGCAACGACGAAGACUUGGAUCAGGCUAUUGCACUUCACAGGGAAGCGCUGGCCUUGCACCCGGUCGGUCACACAAAUCGGUCCACGUCAUUAAAUAACCUCGCGACUCAACUCUCCUCCCGCUUUGACCACCGAGGCAACGACGAAGACUUGGAUGAGGCUAUCGUACUUCACAGAGAAGCGCUGGCUUUGCGCCCGGUCGGUCACACAGAUCGGUCCGGAUCUUUAAAUAACCUCGCGAUUGAACUCUCCUCCCGCUUCCAGCACCGAGACAACGACGAGGACUUGGAUCAAGCUAUCGCACUUCACAGGGAAGCGCUGGUCUUGCACCCGGUCGGUCACACAGAUCGGUCCGGAUCAUUAAAUAACCUCGCUCUUCAACUCUCCUCCCGCUUCCAGCACCGAGGCAAUGACGAAGACUUGGAUGAGGCUAUCGCACUUCACAGGGAAGCGCUGGCCUUGCUCCCGGUCGGUCACGCAGAUCGGUCCGGAUCAUUAAAUAACCUCGCGAUUGGACUCUCCUCCCGCUUCAACCACCGAGGCAACGACGAAGACUCGGAUGAGGCUAUCGCACUUCAGAGGGAAGCACUGGCCUUGCUCCCAGUCGGUCACACAUAUCGGUCCACGUCAUUGAAUAACUUUGCGAAUCAACUCUCCUCCCGCUUUGAGCACCGAGGUAAUAGAGAAGACCUCGAGGAGUCGCGAGAGAACCUACACUCAGCAAAUAUCGUCCCUGGAGGCUUGCUAUCCCGCCUGCGAACAAGCCUGCGUUGGGUUGAUGAAGCUUCUCGACAUUCACAUCCCACUGAACUGGCGGCAUAUGCAACUUCCAUGCAACUUCUGGACGCUUAUAUGUCUACAACAUCUUCAGUAUCGUCUCGUCACAAUAUCAUGAAGGACUUUCCAAGUACACUUGCCGUUGAUGCUGCAUGCUGUGCUCUUCGUAGUGGUGAUGUGUGUCGCGCUGUCGAGUUGUUGGAACAAGGCAGGACUAUCAUCUGGACCCAGAUGACACGACUACGCACCCCUCUUGACAGCCUUCAGACUCAUGGCGAUCAUGCAGUAGCCUUGAUGAAGAAAUUCAGAGACCUCGGCUCCCUUCUCGAUAAACCUCCUGCAAACUAUUCGGAAGGAAACUCGAGAGUCGAUAGAGAAGCAGAGGAAAACCGGUACAGACGUCUAGUGGGGGAGUGGAAUAGAGCUGUCGAAGAGAUCCGGAAGAUCGAGGGCUUUUCCCGCUUCCUCCUUCCCCCCUUAUUCCCCGAUCUUCAAGAUGCAGCUCGUGAUGGGCCUAUCAUCGUGCUCAUCGCAAGUAGGUCGUUGUGCUACGCCAUUAUCAUCCCGCACAAGCAACCUCCGACUGGCAUUCAACUUCCUACCGAUUGGCAGAAACUCGUCAAAUUAGUACCAGAACUCCGAGAGGCAGUUCAAAAAGAGGCCGGUCCUAAAGGGAACCAAACAGCGCUGAUAAAAGCUUUGAGAGAGUUGUGGGACGGUGUGGUCGGCCCGGUGGUCGAAAGUCUGGGUGGAAUCGCACGACCAGGUUCCCGGAUAUGGUGGUGCCCAACGUCUCUCUUCAAUUUCUUGCCAUUACAUGCUGCUGGCGAGUACAGGGCAAAGGGAAAGUCCGUUUCGCAGCAGUAUAUCUCUUCAUACACGCCAUCGCUCACCGCGCUGAUCAAGGCUCGCAGAAGUCAUGAGAGGUCCUUGUCUGUGCCCUUCGUGGCCAUUGGUCAGGAUUUCCCAGCCGGUGCCUCAUCCACUUUGGAUGCUGUGGAACCUGAGCUGGAGUUGGUGCGGGGACUUUUGCCCCCUCCCCCUACUGUUUCCUUCUCUAAGGUUACCAGCGUUGAUGCCACGAAAUCGAGAGCACUGUGUGCGUUGCGGGACAAUACUUGGCUCCAUUUCGCGUGUCACGGGACACAGAGAUUUGACGAACCCUUCAAAUCAGCCUUUCUUAUGCGCGAUCAGCCGCUUUCGCUCCUCGAUAUCACGCAAAUGGAUCUGUCUCGGCAUGAAUUUGCAUUUCUUUCAGCCUGUGAGACCGCAGUCGGUGACUUUGAUACGCCCGACGAAGUGAUACACCUAGCGGCUGGCCUGCAAUUUUCCGGGGUUAACAGCGUCGUGGGGACAAUGUGGAAGGUCACCGAUAGUACCGUGCAGCACUUAGUCAAGGCAUUCUACAAAAACUUGUGCGGGGAUGGUCCAAUGAAUUCCAAACGAGCUGCCUGGGCGCUGCACCGAACGGUCCAGUCGUUGGCUUGUGAUGAAGACGUUAUAAUACCCUUGGACCAGCGCAUAGUGUUCGUGCAUAUUGGCAUAUGA